AAUUUUCUCCAUGCCUUCUUCGUGUUUAUUGUACUUGAUUGAAGCUCGUUCUUCAUACUUUCUAAUCAUUUGUUUCUCUUUUGUCUUCAUUUGAUUAUCCUUUCCUCCGUCGUUUCUCUCCUAACUUGUCUCAAAAGUCUCAACUUUGGUUUGUGUUUUUGAUCAUUCAUGGACACUAGUUCUGAUGAUAAAGGUUCUGAACCAUUCGUUGAGAUUGAUUCAACUGGUCGAUACGGAAGAUACUGUGAGUUACUUGGAGCCGGUGCUGUAAAAAAAGUAUACAGAGCUUUCGAUCAAGUAGAAGGCAAAGAGGUGGCUUGGAACCAAAUCUCCUUAAAAAAAUUCUCCAAAGAUGAAGCCAUGAUCAAAAGACUCUACUACGAGGUUGAGUUACUGAGCAAUUUGAAGAAUGAACACAUCAUUGACUUUCACCAUUCAUGGACAGACACGGAGAAGAAGACUCUGAACUUCAUCACUGAAGCUUGCGUUUCUGGGUGUCUCAGAGAUUACAGAAGAAAGCAUCGUCACCUCUCAAUCAUAGCUGUGAAGAAAUGGUGCAGGCAAAUACUGAAGGGGUUAGAGUAUCUUCAUCUUCAUGAUCCUUGUAUCAUUCACAGAGACCUCAAUUGCAGCAACAUCUUCAUCAAUGGGAAUCUAGGGCAGAUCAAGAUCGGAGAUUUGGGCUUGGCGACUAUGGUAGGAGAGAGUCAUAGGGCUCAUUCUAUGAUCGGGACGCCAGAGUUUAUGGCACCAGAGUUGUAUGAAGAGAACUACACAGAGAAAGUGGAUAUAUAUUCAUUUGGUAUGUGUUUGUUGGAGAUGAUUACGCUUGACAUUCCUUACAGUGAAUGUGAUAGUGUCGCAAAAAUCUACAAGAAAGUGACCUCUGGAAUAAGACCUAAGGCCUUGGACAAGGUCAGAGACCCACAAGUUAAGGGCUUCAUUGAGAAGUGCCUUGGUUCUGCGAGGCCUUCUGCAUCAGAACUCCUUCAGGAUCCGUUCUUUGAGGGGCUUGAUGAUGAGUACGAUUACGGCAAUGUUACUUCAGGGUUAUACAUGUUGCAUUUGUAAAGAAUUAAUAUCAAACUUUAGAGUUAUCCAAUUGAAUCGCAUGCUCAUCCCAUGAGUAAGUUAUGGAUUCAUCUAGUUUUCAAUUUGUACUAAGUUGGCAAUAUUUUUUUACUAGUUCAACUUUUCAGAAAUAACAUUUACAUUGCCGUCAAUUGAACUCCUGAUGCCAGUUCGAGUCUCUGAUCAUCGUGUUGUGGGUGUUUGUAUGAACUUAUCGUUUGAAUUCAUACGUUUUGAUGGAU